AUGUUCGCAAAAGUCAAGGCUCUUCACAGAGGAAGUAACCAUGAUGUUGUUUUCUCCGUCUCUGCAAGGAAAAGGGCGGCGGACCUUGAGCUCCCCGCCCAGCGGCGGAUGACAGGGGCGCGGGAGAAGGGUCGUCGACCAGCGAUGCGUGGGCCGGCCUUCAUGUUCAACGACCACACCACCAGCAUGACCGCCGAGGAGGAGCGCUUUCUGGACGCCGCCGAGUAUGGCAACAUCCCUGUGGUCCGCAAGAUGCUGGAGGAGUCCACCACGCUCAAUGUCAACUGUGUGGACUACAUGGGCCAGAAUGCAUUGCAGCUUGCGGUGGGCAACGAGCAUCUGGAGGUGAUGGAACUGCUCUUGCGGAGGGACAACCUGGCACGCAUCGGUGACGCCUUACUCCUGGCUAUCUCAAAAGGGUAUGUUAGGAUCGUGGAAGCUAUCUUGGCCCAUCCAUCCUUCCAAGCCAGCGAGCGACUGACGCGGAGUCCGUGUGAGCUGCAGGACGAUGACUUCUACUCGUAUGACGAGGAUGGCACACGCUUCUCGCCCGACAUCACCCCCAUCAUUCUGGCUGCACACUGCCAGAAGUACGAGGUGGUACACAUGCUGCUGUUGAAGGGCGCUCGCAUUGAGCGGCCACAUGACUACUUUUGCAAGUGCCCAGAAUGCGCCGAGAAACAGGGCAGAGACGCUUUCAGCCACUCACGUUUGCGCAUCAAUGCCUACCGGGGCCUGGCUAGCCCGGCGUACCUUUCGCUGUCUAGCGAGGACCCGGUGCUCACCGCGCUGGAGCUCAGCAAUGAACUGACCAAGUUGGCCAACAUCGAGAAGGAGUUCAAGGAUAAAAAGAGCCAUAAAAAAGAGACCAUGCAGCACAAUUGCUUCUCCCUGAAUGACUAUCGCAAGCUGUCUAUGCAGUGUAAGGACUUUGUAGUGGGAGUGCUGGACCUCUGUCGGGACACGGAGGAAGUGGAAGCCAUUUUGAAUGGAGAUGUUACUGCUGAGAAGGAGGCGGGGAAGGGCCUUCGCUCUCUCCUGAGCAGGGUCAAACUGGCCAUCAAGUACGAGGUGAAAAAGUUUGUGGCCCACCCCAACUGCCAGCAGCAGCUGCUGACGAUCUGGUAUGAGAACCUUUCGGGCCUGAGGGAGCAGACCAUCGUUGUGAAGUGCCUGGUGGUGGUGGCGGUGGCCUUUGGUCUGCCCCUACUGGCCAUGGGCUACUGGUUCGCUCCCUGCAGUCGGCUGGGAAACGUCCUGCGCAGCCCCUUCAUGAAGUUUGUGGCCCAUGCCGCCUCCUUCAUCAUCUUCCUGUGCCUGCUGUUGUUCAACGCAUCAGACCGCUUCCAGGGCAUCAGCACCAUGCCAAACGUGACAGUCACUGACCACCCCAUGCAGAUCUACCGGGUCAAGACCACCGAAUUCAGCUGGACCGAGAUGCUCAUCAUGGUCUGGGUCACAGGGAUGAUGUGGUCGGAGUGUAAGGAGCUGUGGACCGAGGGCCCCAGGGAGUACAUGCAGCAGCUGUGGAACGUUCUGGACUUCGGCAUGCUUUCCAUCUUCAUUGCCGCUUUCACCGCUCGGUUCUUUGCCUUCCUCCAGGCCACCAGAGCCCAGCAGUACGUCAACGAAAAGAUCCACACCACCGACCUCUCCCUAGUGACCCUACCCCCGGAGGUCAAAUACUUUACCUACGCAAGGGACAAGUGGCUGCCGUCAGACCCCCAGCUGAUCUCAGAAGGGCUGUACGCCAUCGCUGUGGUGCUGAGCUUCACACGCAUCGCUUACAUUCUGCCGGCUAAUGAGAGCUUUGGACCACUCCAGAUCUCCCUGGGCCGCACGGUCAAAGACAUCUUCAAGUUCAUGGUCCUGUUCAUCAUGGUCUUCCUGGCGUUCAUGAUCGGCAUGUUCAUCCUCUAUUCUUACUACUUGGGUGCCAAGGUCAACCCGGCCUUCACCACGGUGGAGGAGAGCUUCAAGACUCUGUUCUGGUCUAUAUUUGGACUGUCCGAGGUGUCCUCUGUGGUGCUCAAGUACAACCACAAGUUCAUCGAGAACAUCGGCUAUGUGCUCUAUGGAAUCUACAACGUGACCAUGGUGGUGGUGUUGCUCAACAUGCUGAUCGCCAUGAUCAACAGCUCCUAUCAAGAAAUCGAGGAUGAUGCGGACGUGGAGUGGAAGUUUGCACGCUCCAAGCUAUGGCUGUCGUACUUUGACAACGGCAAGACACUGCCUCCUCCCUUCAGCAUCGUUCCCACUCCCAAGUCCUUCUACCACCACAUCAGGUGGAUAGUCGGCAUGCUGCAUUGCCGACAAAGGAGUGUGAAGAAGGAUCUAGAGCUGGGGUUGGACAGUUCAAAGUCCAGGCUCAAUCUCUUCACCCAGUCCAACCUACGCAUUGCAGAGUCCCACAGCAUUCUGAACCAACCCACCUGCUAUCAGCAAAUCAUGAAGCGACUCAUCAAACGCUAUGUUUUGAAAGCACAAGUGGACAAAGAAAACGACGAGGUCAAUGAAGGUGAACUGAAAGAAAUCAAGCAGGACAUCUCCAGUUUACGUUACGAACUCCUGGAAGACAAGUCUCAGGCUACAGAGGAGCUGUCCUUGCUUAUCCAGAAACUGAGUGACAAACUGAACCUAGGCCCUACUACACGCUUGCCCUACAAGUGACCCACUCCCCCGCCAACCCACAGUUCAAGAGAUGCAAGAGGGAAGAGUAUAUCAAAGCAGCCAACAUCCCAGCAUUUCCCCACACACUCCACAGUAACCCACUGGCCAGGUUGUUUUGUAAAUGAUAAUGUGCUAUUUUGCAUGAAGGUAGUUUAAACAGACAAAAUCAGCACAAGGAAAUAGCAAAAAGGAUUGCCUCACUCUUCUGUUGUAGGGAGAGGCUGCCCUUAGAUGUUAAGAUUGGGGGAGCGGAAGCUGAUCCUAGAUCUGUGCCUAGAGGAAACUUCACCUAAAAGCCAUAAUUUUCCAUUAUGACAAAGAUUGUGUUAGUGUUGGAGAUUUUUCAGAUUAAUGUUAAAUAUUGGCGAGGGUUCUAAGCUGACAUAUGGAAUUGUUUUAAGAUGGUCAUACUGUGGAUCAUUUAGCUAUUUGAAUUAGAAUUUUUGGACCCCUUUAGGUAUCCCCAAAGAAUUAUUAGAUAAAAUAUUGAAUUUGGCCUUUACUACUAUAGUCCAGAGAAACACAUUGAAUAACACAUUCAAACAGUCAACAAAUAAAUCAUGAGAAACAAGGUUUUGAAGUGUUUGUUCUAUAUCUAGGAGAUAUAAGAAAGCUCAGGGAAUAUAUAUUUUUUACACAUAUUUAACCACUUUUUGGGGUAGGCACAAAACUACAUUCAUGCUUCAAUUUUUUUUGUAAAACCGGUACCGGUUACCUUCAGACAAAUCCCGUGACACUUGUGGGGUACAUAGAGCAAAACGGAGAACAUCAUGUUCGUGAGAAUCUCCUCUUUCCACACUGGGGUCAUAUAAGUUCGUAGCCCAAACGGUUCGGGCGGUACAAACAGAAGUUGGCACGUCGACGGUACCAACUUCAGACGAGUCCCCUGACACUUGUUGGGGUCGUAGAGCAAAACGGACACCACCGUUGUGUUCGUGAGAGUCUCCCCUUUCCAUAGAGCAAUAGGCAAUCCACCUACAGACAUUUUCGUGAGAUCACCAAUUUUCAGGAUGUCUCACCGCUCUAGCUCUGCCACCUUUCACCGCAGAUGCGGAAGUGCGACAUCGGCAGAUGAGGUGGAUUGAGAUGAGUCCAAUGCAAAGAAGCAGAUACAGUAUUUUAUGCAACAAAUAGUGCUAUAGUCUCUGUUAAGACAUAUACACUUAUGGCCAGGGCUAUCAAACUCAUGCUAUGGCCGAGGGUCUGCUGGUUUUUGCUUAUGCUUUUCAAUUAAGACCGAAACAACCAGGUGAGGGGAGUUCCUUACUAGUCAGUGACCUUAGUUAAUUCAUCCAGUACAACGGAGUAGCGAAAACCCGCAGCCCCUCGGCCCUCCGUGGAAUGUGUUUGACACGUGCCUUAGACAAUGGUUGUGUAAUACUGGUUUCAUCCGUUUCUUUCUCUCGUUAGAGAUUUUGAACCAAACAGUAGAUCUGACAAGAAUUUCCCUCAGAAAUAAAAAAAUUAUCAGUCAUUGA